GGGCCGCUUUUAAGGAGGCGCCGCGGAGUUCCGGCGGCGUGCGCGGCCCGCAGGCCGGUGCCGCUGACAGCCCCCGGGCCCCGCCGCCGCCCCCGUCCGGGCGCAAAGUCCGCGGCGCAGCUGGCUUUCGCUUUCGCCUCCCUCCCGCGGCCCUCGCCGGGCGCCGGCUGCAGCCGCCACUGCGGCGCUGGCUGCCCGGCCCGGGCCGCCUCGGGAGGUCGGGGCCCGGAGCCACCCCGCCGCGGCCUCCGGCCCGCCCGCCCGCGCCCCGGCUCGCCGCUGCCCACCCUGCGGCCGCUCGCAUCCCGGCCCGGCCGGCAGCCCCGCUCCUUCCUUCCGUCCGCGCGUCCGUCCGAGCGGCGGCGCCCGGCCGGCUCCCUUAAGCGGAGGCGCCUCCUGUCGCCUCCUCCCCCUCGCCGGUCCCUCCCUCUCGGCUCGCUCCGGCGAAGUUUGCACGUCAAGCCCCCGGAGUGGAGCCAGGGCGAAGUCGGAAACGCAGCCACCUAUGGAAGAGCCGGCCGGUCGGCCCCGGCGCAGCGACUCGUGCGUCGCCCAGGCCCUCCCUCCGGAGCCUCGGGCACCGACACUGCGCCCUGAGCUCGCGGGCGGCUGCACGGUAGCUGCUGGAGCAUGAAUGGGAAGCCGCCACUGUGCGGAUGCCGGCACCUCAGGAGCCACCGGCAGGUGUGAAAAUGCCGCCCAGGUGUCUGCUCGAGCCCCUACUGCAUGGGAAGCCGCCCGCGUGUACCUCCGUGCCCACAACGGAGGGUCACACUGUGUGUCCUGGGAACUUGAAAUUCUUCUCCAGCAAGAAGGGGCCCACGAAAUCAGUGUAUCACUUUGUUGUUAGUCUCUAUUUAUGGUUGUGUCUUCUAGGAUCAGAUGAGAACCCAUGGCUUAUGGAAUAUAUGAAAGACAAGUGUGUUUGGUCAGAUUUUAAUCAUCAACUUAGGAACUAGCACAUAAAUUUAACAUCUUCCUCUCAGUAUACACAUACACAGCUUUUGCUUACGCGAUGGGCUGAUGAUCAAACAACUAAAGCAUUCAUAGCCACGGACCACAUGGAGCCUAUAGUAAAUGUUGCUGUUAUUGCUGUUAUCACAAACGGUGCGACAAUUGGAGACAAAACUGUGAAUGUGAUCAUCACGUUUCACUUCUCAGUAAAAGAGCACACUUCUAACCUGUUCAAAGUCUCUUGCUUACAGGUGUUUUCAAAGCCUUGGUGAGGAGGAGGUGAGCUUUCUGUACUUGGUGUUACUAUUACUUGUUUUUUCUUUAAUCACAAAUUAAGAGAGGUCACCAACUUCUCUGUUGAAGAAAUAUGUACCUUACAAACAUUUUUAAAAUGUAUAAAUGAAAGCAAGAGUGACUACGGACCAAGGCAUGGUGGCACAUGCCUUAAAUCCCAGCACUCGGGGAUCCCUGAG